GGCGGGGGCCUUUCUUCUGCACGGCGGCAGGCCCCCCUACUUCUGUCUUUGCGGGCCGGCUGCGUCUGUUCGUCGCCGGUCGUGUGUGCGCGCGCGCGGCAGCCGCGUGUCCCAACGGUGACUUGGCGUCAUUAUGUGCCCGACCUGUUGGAUUCGUAUCGGUCGCCUGCUCCACUGCACGAUGACGCUGCUCACUCUCGGAGUAUCGCCGCUGGUGGGCCUGCAGCCUCUCGAGCCACCACGCAAAGUGACGGUGCUGCUGACGGAGGGAGCGACCGCCGACCUGCCCUGCGACCUGGGACCGCGCUCAGACCCGGCGGUCAAGGUCUGGUGGCACCGGGCUGACGACCCGACCACGGCGCUCUACACGCUCGACCCGCCUCCAGGGCGCCGCGGAAACCUGAUGCAGGCGCGCCACUCGGUCGCUGAGCCGCUGCGGGGACGCGCCCACUUCUCGGCCGUGCGCAGGCCCGCACUGCUGGCCAUCUCGGCACUACGCUACGAGGACCACGGCCUCUACGUGUGCAAUGUCGAGUACAAGCACGGCAGCCGCAGGAGCUACGACGUCGAGCUCCACAUCGUCGCCAUCAAGCGACACGAACCUAGGACAGCCGCUUAG